AAAUCUUCCCAAUAAAACAAGUGCAACUAAGAAGGGCAUGAAAACAUUGCAUUAAGCUCGUACAAGACCAUAGUUGGUUAAAAACUUAAAGAAACAGGAAUUUUGAGGAAUGGCAACAAGAGUUAUGUAUGGAAGAAGAGAAGGACAAGUUAAAGAUAACGAUGCCACUGCAUACAACAACCAAGAUCAGAGGAUUGGUUUUGCUGCUCAAGGAAUAGAUCCUAAAAGUGUUCUGGUUAUCCAGCCAAAGGACUGGAAAAGAAUACAAGAUAAUUUAUCAAGGUACAACAAGGAGGCAGAGGAGGCAAAAAUCCGAAGAGAUGAGAGAGAGAGACUCCAUGAAACGUCAAAAAGUAUGGUGAAGAAUUGGGACAACACAAAUGAGGGUAUAAGGCAGAAAAAACUCCAUGCAAGGAAGUUGAAAGAAGAAAAAGAGGAGGAAGAAAGAGUUAAAUUAGACAUUGAAGAGGCUAAGUUGCAAGCCGAGAAAAGGAAGGAGGCAAUUGAAAGAGCCAAAACAUUGCAAUAUUAUCAAACAGACAGAGUGAAAGAAUUCCAUGGAGCCUUGCUGUUAACUGAAGUGAUGAAAGAAAGAGAUGCACAAAUAGAGUUAAAGAAAAGCAAACAGAAUUGGGAGAAAGACAGAGAUGCCUAUUUGCAUCAGCUUCAUCAAAGGGAAAUAGAGGAAAGCAUCAAAAGAGACCAAGAUAAAGCAGCCGAAAGAUACAACCAAAAGCGAACCAUUGCACAGUUUCAAUUGAUGCAGGUAACAGAUCAUAUACAGGAGCAGGAAAAAGUCAAAGUUGAAGAUAUAAAAGAAGGGGAGAAUAUUAAGCAGCAAGUUGAAAUGUAUGAAGCUGCCAAAGUUGCCAUUGUCAAGCAAAAGCGAGCUGAUAAAGUAGCUUUGAAAGGAACAUACAAAAAAGACCUUGAGCUGAAAAAGAUUCACCUGGAGCAAGAAAAGGAGAAAGAAUAUCUUGAAGAUGUAGAAAUUGGAAAAUUUGUAGAUGCUAAAAAGAAAAUGAUACAAAUGCGUAAGAAGAAGGAAGUUGAACUUUUCCAGGCUUUCCAAAAUCACACUGAGAACAUGAGGAAAAAACUGCAUGAACAAAUGAAGCAAAAAGUAGACGAUGAAGAUGACAGAAUAGCAAAGGCUGUUGCUGAGCAAGAGAAAAAGAGACUGGAAGAAGAACAGCGAAAAGACGCGCAAAGAGAACAAGAGCUCCAGUCCAUAAGGGAUCACCGAGUCAACAUGAUUGAGUACGCGGAGAAUGUGAAAGAACAAGAACGGACAAAGGACGAGGAACUUUUAAAGAUCCGUGUCCUGGAAGAUCAAGAGUAUGAAAAGCAGAUGGAAGAAAAGAGAUUGAACAAUCGAGUAAAAUCACAAAAAAAUCAGAAGACACUUAAGGAUCAAAUGAAUCAUAAGAAGGAAAAAAAACAAGUUGCUCGCAAACAACAGCUCAAAUAUGACAAGAAAAUCCUCGAAUUAGUUGUCAAAGAAGAAGAGCAGUUUCAAGAUUACGCCCAGAAGGUCAUUGGUGAGGCAAAGUCGAAAGGUAGAAACCCCUAUCCGCUUGUCAAAGCUGCAGCAUCAGGUCCAGGUGGAGGAACUGGACCCAAGUUUGACGGGAUCGGAGGCCUAAGGCCGAGUUACCCGACUUGUGACGCAACGGGAGUCCAGCUACCGUAUUAUCGAAAGGACGGUUUAACUCAUGACAAGGCGUAUGGACAUGUUGGCAAAUCAGGAAAGCGUCUAGGUUUUAAUUGGUGAAAAUACUACUUGAUUUUCGUAUUUUAUAAGUUUAAUAUGGAUCUUCAGGUGUAUGUCAUAAAACGCCAGUGUUAUUUUUACAAAAUAUGUUAGACAAUUUUGCUGAAAAUUUGUAAAUAGAGUAUCGUUUUGGUUUUAAAAAUUUGUCAGAUAGAAAA